AUGAGCAACAGGAUCGGAAGUUUAUUAUUCUGCGAGCGUUGUGGGAGUCUUCUCAAUCCGCCAGCGGACGAUGACAAGAUAAAUUGUGAAGAGUGUGGAUUAGUAGAGAAUGGUGCAGGUGUGUUGGGAGUUAAGUGGGUAUACGAAUACUGGCUAAUCAGAUUGCAAAACGCAGCGUACGAAAACUUGAACAUUGAAACGCGUUCACAUCCAAACGCAUUUCCCUCCGCACUCCACCUCAAGAAGUCGCUCGUUGUGAAUACGCUUGCAGACGGUGCGAAAGCGACGGGAGCGGAGAUUGAUGAGAAGUGUCCAAGCUGCGGACACGACAAGGCUACGUUCCAAACUUUACAACUGCGCUCGGCUGACGAAGGGUGCGUAUACACAGUUUAG